UUUACAGGUCACUUUAGCCAGUUGGUCUGGCGGGACUCUAAGGAGGUUGGGAUUGGUACAGCUCAGAGUAAAUCCGGGAACUUCUUUUUGGUGGCUCGCUACAGCCCCCGCGGAAAUAUAGACGGUAAAUUCAAUGACAAUGUCCGGGAUGUCGCAGAACAAUCCUCUGACAAAAGCAGUCAAGGAACUAAGGACAAUAACCAGCCUAACACUACUCCGGGCGAAUCUUCAGACAUACAGUCCAAUGGUAAAGACCAAAACACGGUUUAUUUUAAGGAGUUUAACUUUGAACCGAGUGCCACUGGAUUGGAAAACACGACUACACCAAACCUUCCUCCCCUUCAGCAGGCUAAUGUAGAGUCUGGCACGAAUGAGGGUCCAGCUGUAGAAAGCAUCCAAGAGCCUGAGACAAGCUUCUCAAGUUCAAGACCUGACAUGCACGAGACGGAGAGCAUACAACCUUCGUAUGCGGGAGUUAAUGAAAUGAAGCAAGCUCCAAGUUCUUUCCAAGAAAGUUCAUUAACCGAUCCAGGGCCCAUGAUUAAUAACGGUGACGUAGGCUCUACUGGUUUAAAUGAAAGACCGAGCUUCGCGAAUAGUGAGAUAGAUAAAAAACUAAGUUCAUUAGAGCCAGUGAGUAGUAACACAGAAGGAACACCAUUGUUUGAAGGGUCCAACAUCAAUUCCAUCAAUUUGCGGCCUCAUAAUCUGGGAUCCGAGCAUGGUGAUACAAACGCGAGACCUAGUUAUGCAAGUUCCAGUCCCACUGAGCCAAAUGCGAGACCAGGAAUCGACAGCAAUAGCGCUAAGGAGACUUCAAGUUAUGAACGCCAGGAAGAAAAGGAUGCAAAACUUGACGCUUUUGCAAAAUUACCAAUGAGUGACGAGGUGCCGACGAAGAGCAAUAAACCGCCUGGCCUUACUUAUUUAGCGCCUAUGAAUGAUAAAGUUCCCGUAGAGAAACCAUUACACAGCCCGAUAAAGUUGCCUCCUUCAAUAGCUCUCCUCACACCAAAGCGAGGAAAAGAUUUUCGAGUGGAGAUCCGCUUUCCCAAACUCCGCUACACAGAGCGGAUGCGGAUGCCGGGAAGUUUGGAUUAUGAAGAAGUCAAAAUAAACGUGACUAGGGCAAUUAUCAAACUAUACGAUGAAGAUGACGAAUUUGAAGAAGUGAAACUCAUAUCGCUGAGGUAGGACGGACAUUGAAUAGCAAACAUUUUUACUCAAGCUAAAAUAGAGCCCUCACUUGUGGAUCUCUUUGAUUCAUACAAAGGAAUACAGGAUCGAAAACUUAAGUUGAAU